AUGCUGUCUUAUUUUUCACAAGUUACUCCAACCAUUUCACAUACUACAUUAUCAACUCUGCGACAUGAUAAUACUUCAACAAGUUUAGUUGGUCACAGAACUACGACCGGUGCACAGCAAAAGGUUGUUAGUUUCGUCAUUCCUGCAGACCGUUUACUUCCGGAGCCACAUCCAAAAUAUCUGACUGACAUCUUUUUUGUUCUGUUUGUUAUGAUAAUUUUCUUUUCGGUUGUUGGAAACGGCUUGGUUAUCGCCAUUUCUGUCAAAGCCCGAAAAUUGAAAACAGUGACUGACAUUUACAUAAUGUCACUUGCCAUAAACGAUUUACUUAUAGCUACAUUAAAUAUGCCAUUUCAGCUUUACUUUACCGUGGUAAAUGAAUGGAUGACGGGUGGAAAGACAGGCGAAGCAUUGUGCAAGUUUACUAAUUAUAUACAAGGAUGUACUAUUAUUUCAAGCAUCUUCACUUUACUGGCCAUUGCAGUAGACAGGUAUUUCGUCAUUUGCCGAGCAAAAAUUUCUCAACAGAGACAUAGACAGAAAACCGCUAUUAUCGCCGUAAUCGCGGUUUGGAUUGUAUCUAUGUUGAUAGUCAUACCACAUCUUUUAUACCAAAAACUCCAAAUCAGGCUAAAAAUUUCAACUAUAAAUGGUUUACUAUUUUUUGACGGUAUUAGAUAUAUAUGUGUCGAAGAGUUCCCAUCAUACCCUGUAAUCAACGCACAGCGGCUUUAUUCACUGAUCCAAUACAUUGGUUGCUAUCUUAUACCUGUUGUCAUCAUGGCGUUUACGUACGGUAGAAUAGGUCAUCGGCUCUGGAUUCAUCAGCCCAUCGGAGAUAUCCUGGCCAAUCCAAGAAACCAUGGUCACAUCAUCAAGCAAAAGAAACGGAUUAUUCGAAUGUUGAUGCUACUGUUCUUAUCUUUCACUUUGCUAUGGUUUCCGUUUUUCACCUUUGCGUUGUAUUCGGAAUAUGUUGCCAUAGAUAAAUCUUAUCGUGUUAAGUUAACUGCUCUAAAGUUAGUCGGGUAUAGUAAUUGCUGCGUGAAUCCAAUCAUAUACACAUUUUUGAACAAAAAUUUUAGACAAGAUUUGUCGAACUUGUUCUGCAGGAAAACAACAGCACUUUCUAAUCAAAGACGUCCCUACGAAACAGGCAAUCAAACUGGGAAUAGUAGAUUUUAACAUGUACUUUCUGACACCAAUAUGCAGAGGCAUAAUACAUAUCAAAUUGCCGUAAUCUUGAAGAAUUUCUCAGUAAUUGACAACAAAUGCAUAUUCAAUACCUUUAUCAGUAUGUGUUUUAGCCAUUAGAAAAAAAAACCUAAUAUCUGUGAUACAGUUUAAUAUACAAGAGACAGGAACAAAGGAUAAGACACAAGUAAAAGAUGCAUAUAAAUGAAUGAAUGAAUAAAUGAAUAAAUGAAUAUUUUAAUAUUUAAGUGCAGCCUGAAUUAUAACAACCAGUCAUGUUCAAAUAUACAAAUGACUUUCAGUCAGCCAAAUAGACCUAAGAUGCACUGUUAUGAUGUGAUACGCAUUAUGUUUUUAUUAUUGAAAAGAAAAAAGAAAAAAGUCCUGAUUUAAACGAAAAUAUAGUAAGGCACGUAAUCAAUUGACCACAGACUGUCUGAUAGUAUAACAGUUCAAAAUAAAGCUAGAAACAAGCUUGCUGUAAUUACAAAAUAUAUGUGUUAAUCUGAUGUUUAUUGGUAGUGUAUUUAAAUCUAUGUUGUAAUUGUCUCGGAUGUCGUUGA